AUGAACGGGCUCAGCUAUUCGAAUGCUUCUCGGUCGCUGCUGAGGGCCGCGCGGGGCAUUUCGAGACAGGCUGCGACAUGCUCGACUUCGACCUCGAUAACGAAUAUCGCAGCCUCGCGAUGGAUAUCAUGCUGUCAUUUCCAGGGCCCCGGCAGAGAAGCGCUGAGGCGGACCGAGUGGACAGGCUUGAGGGCAUGCCGACGGCUUGAUGGCGGCCGCCGGACCUUUUUUGCGCCCAAGACUAUUCGUGACUACGAAGAGCUACCGAAAGACUACCGUGACCAGACCGGGCUCGCCUUCGGCGGCAGAGAUCUCUCCGGGGCCGAGGUGGACAGAAUAUUUGGCAAAGGAAUCGGCGGCAAAAGGGCAAAUCAUUUGCUACGGAUUCUACAUGGUAGAAGAGUGGCUGGGACACUGGAGGAUCCCGCGUUUGCGAUACACACGGCGCAGUUUACGGAUGAGGAAAUUGCCAGAGCAUUGGCAUAUCUACGGAAAACUGUACCGGUAGAGGAGAUUAGGAACGCAGGCCUACGAGCAGAGGAUGAACUGGAGCAGAUGGAGCAAGAGAUGGAACAGGCGGCUGAGAAGAAGGCUAGGGCGAGCAAGGGAGAAAGCACCGAAGAGGACGAUGUUGCCGAUGUCUACAAGCCCGAUCCCAUCUACGGUCGUAGCAAAAUUGACGAGCUGCGAGCGCGGACUAAGGCCCGAGAGAAGGCUAGAGAGAAGGCCCUAGAAGAGGAACGCAAGGCAAAGGAAGCUGUUGAGGGCGUUUCAGGUCCAUUGGCGAAGCGAGAUGAUCAAGUCCGAGAGAUUACCAACCCUCGUGUGGCGGAAUACUACAAGGCUGCACAGUCUGAUAUGGAGGCACCGCCAGAGUUGAAGCCUUGGGAGCGAAUUCUGCCUUCUGCUACCGUGGUGGCUCUGGUGCUCGGCUUCAUCGCCGCCGUAGCCAUGGUGUAUGAGGAGCCGGCGCCGCGGUACAGGUUGUUCCGAGAGGUGUCGACUUCGCAUGCUACGGUUGGUGCUCUGAUUGGAAUCAAUGCCCUGGUGUACCUGGGAUGGAGGAUACCGCCACUCUGGGCUCUCUUUAACCGAUACAUGAUCUUUGUUGUGGCGACAGUGCGACCCGUAACGCUGUUUACCGCGGCCUUCUCACAUACCAAACUCAGCCACUUGCUGGUCAACAUGGUGCCUCUUUGGUUCGUCGGAACGUGUUUGCACGAUGAGAUUGGGCGUGCAGAUUUCCUUGCGCUGUACCUCGGCUGCGGCUCUAUGGGUUUCUUGGGUAGUCUGGUCACGUACACGCUCAGGGGCUGGCUGACUGUCACAUCCCUGGGUGCGUCGGGCGCAACUCUGGGAUUAUGCUCAGCUUACUUUUGGGAACAUCGCUCCGAUGGAUUCAAGAUCUUUGGACUGCCACAGGACGGCGUCCACGGCAUUGUCUUUCUGGCACUAAUCACGGCCGUACAACUGGCCGGCCUGGGGAAGACGGUGAAGCUCAAGGUAGACAUUGCGUCUCAUAUUGCCGGUAUCAUCGCGGGUAUACUGGGAAUCGAGCUUAUUAAUAGGACGGAGAGGAGGAAGACGCCCGUAGGGGAAGACAAGGCCGUGAUAGAUAUCUUGUCUGGAGAGGCGGAGGACCGGAGGAUGACUGAUGAAAAGAAAUAG